AUGCUCGUCAUCUUACCUUUCCUUUUAUUGGCGCUUACAAGGUAUGGCUAUGGGCAACGAAAUUGUUCAGGUGAGUCAAGAGGCUAUCUAUGUAACACUUACGUUUGCAAAGCAACUUGGGAAUUCCUUUCUUGUCACAAAUUUAACAAACUUUGCGGCUGUAUAAGAACAGCUUAAUUUUUAUUCAAUAAAUGUGCAGAAUUACGAAUAUCCACGCUAUAUGUAUCGAAAAGAGAUACGAAACACAAACUUCAUUUAUUUGGAACUACUAGAAGUAACAGUCUAAAAUUCUGUUGUAACUAUUGCUAUAUUUUAUAUAACUAGUGCUAUAUUUUUAACAGAUGACUGCACAAAAGCCCUCGGGAUGGAAAACAACAAAAUUAAAAACUCUCAAAUUAUCGUAGUACUUGUUUACAACGACGACUAUGCUAAUUUUGGUUCUCAAAAUGCGCGGCUGCACAACUCCCUUGGUUACAGAGGUGACCCACAGGUUGCUAGAGUAAGUAAUUUUUUAGUGAUCAAUUUCGACGAGGAAAUGGUAAUCACUGCCAUAGCAACUCAGGGUUUUGGAGACCCCAAGGUUAAUGAAUGGGUUACAAGCUUCCAACUGCUUUACAAAGAUUCCAAAGGUGAUCAGAAGUCUGUGAAAGGCACUGAUGGCCAGGCACUGGUAAGGCUAUAAGACCAAUUUGUAAUACCUGUAUUUGAUUAAGUCUAAAGAGACUUCCCAAAUGCUCUGAAGUUACUUACAGUUAGGCGUCUAAUCAACAGAUUCCUUGCUGCUCUAUCAUUUUUCAAUAAUAGAUUUUCACCAACGCAUUAGCAAUAAUUUUAGGACGUAAAGGAGUUUAAUGCUGGACUAUUGGAACUCUUAACUACACAUGUCAUGUUACCCAUAACAAGAACAAUUUGUGAAUGGGGACAUUAUCUUUGCGGCUAUUCUCCUAUGAAUCAUAAGAACCAAUUGAAGUGCGUGUAUCAUAGAUAAGAACCAAUCGAAGUGCGUGUACAUUAUUCGUCGCACGGUCUUGCUAAACAAUGCACGGGUGGCGUUGAACUCAGCUUUCCCAUUUCCAAGAUAAUUGAAGCUUUGUGGUUAAAAAUUACUGAAACGGUAGAUAUAUAUGCAGACCAUUGAUAACUAACGUUUGACGUGUAAAUCAAUGAUGCAUGAUUUGACUUUACACAGUUGCUGAAAUAUCACAAACGUGUGAAUAAAACUGCAAUAGGUACUAUUUAUUAAUCGAUUUCUACCUCACCAUAACGAAUAAGCUGUUUUACCUUUUAGGUAUUUCUUGGAAAUAUGGACGGUAAUACGGUAAAGCUGAACUCAUUGCCCAUUCCUGUACUCACGACGGUGGUUACUAUUAUACCACUCACUGCUAACAAUAACGUCGGCCUAAGGCUGGAGCUUUAUGGCUGCAAAGGAGGUUAGUGGUCCUCUUUGAUUUAGAUCUCAUCAGUAAUUAUCUUCAUUGUCUUCUAUAUAAUUCUUAUGACGUUACUUUGGAGAAAUUGGUACUGGAGCAACAUAAAGUCCCUCAAUUGAUAUUUUUCUUUAUUCUCAUCACUUGCCUAAUUGAUAUUGUAUCGAUAUUGUAAGGAGAGAUUCUGUCUUGGCCACUCCUGAAUAUUAAAGGAUUGGCCUGCUUCACAUGUUAUAUGGUUAAAAUCUACUUCCAAUCACGUUCCUCUCCACAAUUACCAUUGCUUCCAUCGAUGGAUGAUGACAAUUCUAUUAUAUCUGAUAGUCUCUUCUUUUCCUUAAAUUUGUGACUGCUUUAGUUUGUUUUUUCGUUCUCGUUCUUUUUUAUUUUAUUCUACGUCGAUGAUUCUUUUAGGCCAUUACUUUGUUGCUUGGUUGAUGUUAAAAGAGACUCUAUUUACUCUGGCUUACACGGAUCCUUUAAAUUAUGAAUAUGAAGAAGCCACAGCAACAGUCUUGGAUGAGGUCAGUUCGGAGAAUGUUUGAAUGAAAAGCCUCUAAUAAAUUUUAUUAGAUGCUGAAGUCCAUUGUUACAUACUGAUGCUCUGUUUUAGGUCCUAGUAUCCGGUUUUAAAGAAUACUUUCUUAUUACAGACACUAAUGUCCGAUUUUAGACACAAGUGUUCGAUGUUAGACACUAUUGUCCAAUUUGGACAGGCAUAUAGUGUCCAAUUUUCGACUAUAGUGUCCGAUUCUGGACCCUGCUGUCCAAUGUUGGACACAGCUCACUGAUUUUGGACACUUUUUGUUCUUUUGCCCUAUUUCCGACAGUUCUGUUAGAUUUCAGAACAAGUUUUGAUUUUUACGGGAGCUUUCCACUCAAUAUCCAUUCCGUCUCAGGAGAUUCAAAUCGACGAAUACUUUUAAUAUAAUGACAGGGCCAUGCCAAGUCACAGGCAUUAUUUUGAAAAAACUUCGCUUCCAUUUACCAAUAUGCGAUGAAGUCAAUUCGAGGACUCGAGACAGCUCCCUCUUUUUUUCGGCAUUUACAUUUAAAAAUUUGUUCUUUCAGAUCGAUAGAAUUCUUGGGACAUCCAGGGGAUUUCUUCGCGCUCGUAUAAUAGAAUUAACGUAAGUAGCCAGUUACGUCAGUGUGGAUCAGUUCUAGAAUUUGCACCAUAUCCAGCUCAAUUAACCGGCUAGAAGAGUUUGUCCUAUUACAGGUGCCAAAGAUCUGCAGUUAAAUUCCUUGUCGAGACAGAAAUUUCUUUCGUUUUUCUUGCUUGGAACAAAAACAAAGGAUAACUUCCUUCUCAUAUUUCUACUACUACUGCCUUCAUUAUCCUUAAUCCAAACAAGCGCGCAAAGGUUUGUGUCAAAUUUCUUAUUGCAGCCCACAAACGUCUACAUCUAUGGCUACAAUGGUUACUGCCAUGGUAGAAAUCCACUGUUUACGAUCAAGUGAACCAGUCCUAUUGGCGAAGCUUAAAACUGCGUUGGAGGAAUUCGAAACAGCUUUUGAACCAAGCUACAUCAAGUUUCAGUAUCCAAGUAAGACAACGCGGUUUCUUUAAAAUGUAAAUUUACAUGAUGACGUCCUUUUGUUACACUUAUUAAUGUUCCUCGAAUUUUUACUGUUUCUGACUUUAUUGAGAUGAUAAAAUUCUAAUCUGUACACAAAAACGAUAUAAAUCUUCGUUAUUGAUGUCAAUUGACGUCAUCGUACAGAUAUCCUAUUAACAUGAAAACAGUUCAAAGAACAAAUUAACUUAUUUUUGUCAAUCACAAGAAUAUAAAUCACUUUUCAACUCUUGGCAUAUGUUUCAUGUUUCAGCAGUAUAAGACCACAGUUUGUAACAAAAAGAUAUCAUACUGGAUGUAAAUUACUUACGUUUUUAGGGCUUUGAUCAUGAUCAUUCUUUUCUGUUAUUUACUCGCAAGCUUUCCUCAGGUUCGGGUAAUACAAUUUCGACAGUAUCGUUUUCCUCUCUUAUUAGAGGCAGACAUAACUAAGGACUGAAAUAUGAAAAGUCAUCAUUUAAAUCGUUUUGUUGUGUUUUGUUUUGGUAUUUUUGCAGAACGAUGUGGCUGUACACCGCUAAAGGCAAAGGUUAAACUUAGAAAAACGAUCAAGACCGCUGAGGUGCAUAGACGUUCGCAGAUGCUCAGAUUUCCUGUUGAGCUAGAAAACUCGUGUAAAUCUAGCGGAUCAAAAUUCUACUCCUGGACGGUCUCAAAAAUAGACAAAGAAACUGGCUUAUUUGGUCCAUUACUCAAGUUAGGGAAAAAAAUGUGGUUCUUUUUACCUCUACGUAUGAUAGACGUUGGAUAUGCUUACAUCCAAUGUUUGGUGGAGAUUUCCGGUAAUACUGGCUCCAUAGCUUACGACUACGGAUACGUAAGAGUCGUUCGAGAUCCCCUCGAGGCACGUAUCACUGAUAUAUCCAAUUCAUCUUCUAAAAUCGUAUUAAGUGGAAAGGAAUCUCGUGAUACUGGCAACAGGAGGUCUGGAACACGAGGUCUGCGGUUUGCUUGGUUUUGCAGGCUCGGGAACGAAACCUUUUCGCAUGAGGUUGAGCUUGUUGUGGACAGGCCACUUGGUAGAACUAAGAGUAACUCGGGAUGUCUGGGAUUUGGCCCUGGUAGACUCACCUCUACGGAUGAAGUAUUAACCCUGAAUAUAACGGAUAUGAUCAAAAGCAAGAUGUAUAUCUUCAAGCUCAUUAUCGAGAAAGACGUCAGGAAUGCAAGUGCUGUAUAUGAAUUUACUGUAAAGCCUGUCGUGUCAAUCAGUGUAAGGUAAAAAUGCCAAGAAUGACCCUUGACAAAAAGAAAUGAAAAAGGCAAAGAUAAGUCCAAAUUUCAUCGCGAACUUUACUCUGGGCUGAUUGUAUAAAAUUUGACCGUUAUAUGCCAGUACUUUUUAUGAAGUUUGCAACUGCAGAUUUUUCCAUUCGACCACUUGGUCAGUGUUCCUAAACAAAAAAAAUAACAUCCUUUUCCUUUUAACGACAAAUUAAUUUUAAAAAAAUUAAAAUCAACUGGCUUUUUAUUUUCCCUUGAGGAGAGCAAGGGUAAAACUCUAUGAACAACAGAGUUAAUAUAAUUUGCUUUUUCCUUUGUUUUUCAUAAGGUGCUUAUCAAAUUGUGGUGAAAAAGUCACCCCGCAAGAUUAUCUUCUGUUAGAGGCUCACUGCGUGGGAGAUUCGUGCAGCAGAGUCUCAAAAUACGAGUGGAGUGUUCAUUUAGUUAACCAAGAGGACCUCUCCGUUCAAGAGAUCCAUCAUAAACGAAUUUAUCCCCAAAUGAACAGCCAACGUUUUUUGAUGGAAGAUGUUUCCAAAUUACAAGACGACAGAAAUAAACAAAUUAUCUACGUCGUUAAAGCCGUGGCUAAACUGGACGAGAAAACGCAGUUUGAAGGAGAGUUUACCUUUGUAGUUAACUCACCUCCUAGGAAAACUCCAAAAACCAGAUGUCACGUCACACCGAUGGAGGGUGAAGCAGUUUUAACAGAUUUUAUAAUCUCAUGUUCGGGCUGGAAUGACGAAGAUAAACCGCUUAUUUACGAGUUCAGGUAUCAGGACAAGUACGGCAUGGUCCUUAUUCAAACUGGACGUCUGAACAGAGUAAUUACGAAACUUCCGGUGGGAAAAGCCACGGAGGAUUAUUCGCUAGUUCUUGAGGCCCAAGUAGGCGACUCAUUUAAAGACUUCACUGAAACCCGUCUUCUGGUUAAGGUACUCAUAACAAUCAACACUCUUUUUUCUUUUUCACGUGAAUAGCCAGUUUUCUAAAAGAGGCCAGAUUGCUUUACUCUGCAUUCACCCUUUCGGAGCCGGCCUUUUUUGCAGCCAAAGAACUUUUCGAAAAAAUCAGUCGAAUUUGUUUUUAAUUUUAAGGAGAAGGGUAGCCUGAAAUUAGAAGUCUGUCUCAAUUCACCGAAACCUUUAUCAAGGUGAUACCACUUUUUCAAAGGCGAAUUCAUAAUAUUUGCAGCUUAAGUUGCUGUUUUUUUAAUAUGUACUGUAGGUACGUCCACCCAAGCAGUCUGAAUUAAAGAAUGGACUUGUUGACAAGCAGCUUAACGUCAUCCGGGACUUGGUGCAAGCUGGUGAUGCUGACCGAGCAACCGAACUUGCAUUUAUGUUGAUGUCAACUGUGAAGGACUUUAGUGAUGAAUCAUUUGAGGAAAAAUCGGUACGAAGUAAUGCUAGAGAACAUAAUUUGAAAUUUUCAUAAUAGCGAGUAGGAUCUUGUGAAAUUUUCCUUUAGGUGAGUCUUUUUGAGGGUAGCGGUUUGGGUGUAUUCGACAACCUUCGUUUGGAAGAAUGCUCGGUAGUUGUGCAAACCAGAGACACACCCUGCUUAACCUCUUUGGGUUACAAUUUACUCAGACGUAAACGCGAAAAAUUGUGUUAACACGAAAAAGUGUCUCCUACAGUUAAGAUAUAUGGUGCGUAAGAUAAAAAAAAAAAAAAAAAAAAAAAAACUUGUAGGACUCUUACUUAGGAUUUGCUUUUAUCUGUCCCUUUUUGUUUUUUUGACAGAGUGCCAUUGUACACGAUAUGAAAGAUUUAAAAGUAAAUAGCGUGGUUCAUGUUACAAAAGUCACGGCUGUGGUUGCUUGGGCAACAGAGGAUAGGAAAACUGUUCCCAUGUCUUUGCGAGUAAGGUUACAUUACGUUACUACAUACAAUAUAUAUAUAUAUCGGGUAAUUGAGUAUUAUCACAUAAACUGCGGUGUUAUACAGGGAUUUCCGGCCCUGAGAAAAGCCGUAACAACAUACGUGAAAAAAUAUCGUUUUUUUCACGUUUGUUGAUAUAGUCAAUCAGCUGCUGACACGUCACUCGCCUUUGGCGCCACUCGGUCAGGUUUAUGAAUGAACCACAAAGCCUUCACGAUUCUCAAUACAAAUUGUUUGUCUUGAGAAUCCUCGAAUUAUGGCGGCUAAAACACUAAAAAAUACGUAUUGCUGACAGACAGUGAUGUUCAAACUUUCCUAGAAAGAGAAGAAGACUAGUAUACUAAAAGAAAAACCGAAAGUUAUGUAUUCAGUGGCUUUGGUUUUAGCAUUUCUUUUUUAGCAUUUGUCACUGGCUGAUUUUGGCCGUUUGCCUGAAAGGCUUCUUCUGUCGGUAAGGACAAAGUCAAUAAAUAAGAAUUUUGUAAAUUGAAAAUUACGACCAUUGUUGGUUUUGUAAUCAUGAUUCAACGCAUUUUUCAAUCUUAAGAGUUAGCGCCGACGCACUUUACGAUUGUUAUUCAGGGAUUGUCGAUUCAUUUAUUUUCAUUCAUUUAUGAAGUCGGCUUUUCUUCUCAGUAAAGAUAAACAAAAUAAUACAUGGUUUCUGGUAGAUAUGGAAUUUCUCUUCUCGUGUUCAACUCGACAUCUCACUAUUGGUGGGUAUAUGGUGACGAGAAACAAGGACAACUUAUACCAGAUAUGUAUAUAGGCUAGAAUUAAGCUUGUCGAUGGCCAACAUAGCUUUAAGGGGAUAUAUUUUAUUAGGUAUUUCUCUGGAUGUAAGGAUACCACAAACAUUUCUACCAGGGCUGACUGUGCAUUCCAUAUCAACAACACAAUACAUCGAGUCACAAUAUCUGUUUUCAUUACUGAAAGAGACUUACCACGCUUUUGUUUCACAAGGCUGACGCGUUGACCCUCCUGACUGAAGCCACAGACUUCAUGGCGUUACAGUUCACUUCAAACAGUACCCACGAUGCCCAGCUUGCAAAGAAUGUUAGCUCUGGUCUCCUCAAUAGCAUUGGAAGUAUUUUAAACAUUUCCUCAAGAGAUGCCAAAGUAGAAACAAGGGACAAUUAUGUAAAAGAAAAUGUAGGUGAAAUUGUGCUUGACCGUUUUUGAAUUUGAUUUAGAGUUUUGCUUUUAAAACGUUAACGUGGGAAAUUGCUCUAUACUGCUAUUUGACUACUAAGAUGAAUACUGUUGCAUGCCUUGAGAACUGAUCGCCAACUAUCUUUUACAGCAUUUUUAGAAAUUGUCUUGUAACAUACGGCAAUAUCCCCCCCCUCGAAUUUCAUGAAAACUGUACUCAGGGAAACCUUCUAAGGUUUCCCUGUCAGGAGUGCUUAAAAGUAUAAGUUAAACUAAGCUCACAAUAGUUGGAAAAUGAUUAGUUCUUAUAAAAAAAAUUAAAGUUCUUCGCUUGUACCGUAGGGAAAGGAAACAACAAUGAAGACAAUGGAAUUAAUCAGAAAAGUCGGCGAAGUCCUUUAUGUUACUGACGAUAACCGCCAAAAUAAAACAGUGGUAAAAUCUAACUUUGUUGACAUAGUGAUCUAUAAAGAAAAACCGGAAGAUCUCAGUGGGAAGAAUAUAAGCGAGAAUGGAGCAAGUGUUGUCAUACCUGACUCGAAGGAUGUAUUUCCCAACGCAAACGAGAGAGUCACAAUACAGGUACGUCGACUCUAUUUUAUCGUUCUUUGGGUUACCCUUAAAAAAAUACUCUUUCACUGAGGCAAAGAGAUAUCCGUCACAGUUAACGCUUUCGAAAAGUUUGGCCCGAAUCAUAGACAAACUUUCAGCUUCAGCAUAAUUGGAAUGAAAAUGGAAGUAAUUACCUCUUCCUCAUCAUAUUAACUUCCCAUCAGCUAUGCGGGAGUAUAUCAAUCUAUAUGUAUAUAUAUAUAUAUAUAUAUAUUAUAAAAUUUGCCGAGGUUAAUUGAUACGAUCCACUUAUAUAUUUCCUUGUGGCUCUUUCCACUUCAGAUGAUGACAUUUAAAGAAAAUCCUUACACGUGGGAUAAGACUGCAUCGAGUAUCAAAUCAUCUGUUAUUGAUAUCACCCUAAAAGGUGGCACGGGCUUUGAAGUACAAAUAAACAAUCUCAGCCAGCCGUUCGUACUGCAUAUACCUUAUAGGGAAACAAACAGAGACUUGAAAGCCGAGAAAGAAAAACGACCAUUGUUCUUACAACCAGGAAAAUUUCGAUACCACACUCUUGUUAUCCCUACAGAAAACCACCUUGUGUCGUUGAGGAUCGCCACCGUCGGAGAUCACCAGUUAGCUGUUUACUUCGGGAGAGAAUUUAAACCUACUGUCAGCAACUACACUUUUGUCAAUAAUUUACCAGAUGUAUCCUCCUGUAACGGCAAUAACAGUCUUAGGUUGACGAACUGCAGCGAUGAUAUUCAUGCUCUCAAACUUAUUGGAUACCCUCCUGGUCUUUAUUAUGUUGGUAUCAUAAGAGUUCCUCCUGCUGCCAGAUUUCGGAGGUCAUGCAUUAAUAAAGGAAGGCGUGCAAAGAGAUCCUGUGUUCAGGUUAAGGAUCCACCUACCACACCACCCCCAACUCCUAGAAUUAUCACAAUGCGAUAUAAUGCGACAACAGACGUUAACUACACUUUCUCCGUAAAUAUAGCGGCGUGUUUGUUUUGGUCGGAGCGAGAAGAGAGAUGGUCGAGUAAAGGAUGUCAGGUAUUUAAUUUUUAUAAGAAAAUAAAAUACUUUGAGUGAAGAUAGAAAAGAAAAAAGGCUUGGACUAGUAAAGAUCUAGACACACCCCAUAGUUAGUAUUUUAGGCACUUUGAACAAAUUAACGCUCUUCGUUCUCUAUGAUAAUUCGUGAAAAUAAUUGUUAAAAAUACCAACAUUCCUUUCAAAUAUUUAUAUUGGGCAGUAUUCCUCAUUAAAUUCUUCUCAUAGCAAUUUUUUUAUUUACCUGAGAAUAUAAAUCGCCAGAGUUGUCCCGAUAUCGACGAAGUCACCUCAUUCAGUUAACUCUUGAUCUUAGGUUGGCCGUGGAUCAAAGCCUGGAAGAGUCCACUGUCUGUGCAACCAUUUGACGUCAUUUGGCGGAGAGUUCUUCGUGGCCCCAAAUCCUAUUGACUUUGACAAAGUUUGGGAAGAGUUUGGCAGAUUAGGAGCGACAGGAAAUUAUGCUGUGUUGGCAACAGUUUGCAGCAUGUUAUGGUUUUAUUUCGUUGGUUUGGUAUUUGCACGAAGAGCUGACAAAAGAGACGAGUUGAAGGUAUCUUUAAAAUGUCUGUUCAUGCAAAUUACUUCACCCUACAAUUAAAAGGUAGUGUUCCAGAAGACAGACAAGUUUUGCCGUGGCUUGUCCUCGAUUAUAAAAAAAAGUCAUUGCAGCGUUGAGGUUGUCAUUUUCAGGUAUGGAGUGGAGAUGCUUGUUAGCUUAUGACUUAAAAGUACUUUUUAUAUCGUGUUACGAAACUACUCAGGCCGCGCUUGAGUUUAAAGAAGACUUUUGCAGUCGAAAGCAUAUCUUGCCUGAUCAUUCAGCCAUGUAUGUGCUUAUACUGCAUAUAUAAAUUAAGCAAAAAUUGUCCACACUAUGUCCUUUUUCACGUAACUUUAUCUUUUUUCACCAAAGGUGAUUGCGGAGUUUGACCUCUCCAGUCCACAGGAUGGUAACCACACGUAUGCCAUUUCGAUACAAACUGGCGCCUGGCGAAACUCUGGAACGACAGCAAAUGUGGGACUAGUAUUAUUUGGCGAAGAGAGCGUCUCAAAUCCGAUUUUUUUUGCACAUCAACACUUAGAAAGGAUAUUCUUUGCAAGGGGGAGCGUGAACACAUUCACCUUGUCUCUUGAGAAGUCUUUAGGUUCCCUUUAUAAGGUAAAUGUAUGGCACGACAACUCUGGAAAAAAUCCAUCAUGGUUUCUUCUCGAAAUAAUCAUAGAAGAGCUCAGAACAAAAGAAAAAUGGCAUUUUGUUGCUAAUAGGUGGCUUGCUGUUGAGAAAGGCCUUGGGGAAAUAGAGCUGGAGCUACGAGCUGCUUCAAAUGAAGACCUAUUGCAGUUCAGGAACGUAUUUCAUUCACGAACCCAGCAAGCCGUGGGAGAUUCCCAUUUGUGGUUUUCCUUGUUUACUAAGCCACCUCACAAUCAAUUUACGCGAUGUCAAAGACUUUCCUGUUGCAUGUCAGUGAUAUUCUGUGCCAUGGUAACGGGAACAAUGUUUUAUCGCUUUGGUGCCCAAGCCACUGAUACCUUUCACCUUGGACCACUAAAGUUAAGUUGGACAGAAAUAAAGAUAGGUAUUCAAAGUGGCCUUGUGGCUAUACCAGUCAAUUUCCUGGUUGUAACCAUCUUUAGGAACUCAAAGUACAGUAGAGAUCAAGGAACGUCUUCAGGAUGCUUACCACACUUCUGCAUUUACAUUGGCUGGGUCCUGUGCAUAUCUGCAAUGUUUGCAAGCGCUGCAUUUACUGUCUUCUAUAGUCUAUCUUGGGGUGCUGAGAUCUCUAACCAAUGGCUUGUGUCGAUGACAUUGUCUUUUUUUCAAGACGUGUUACUCGUUCAACCUUUCAAGGUGUUAUGUAUUAUUUGUUUACUUUCCGUGGUCGUAAGGAAGCCAGUAAACCAUGAAGAGGUGUGCCAAUCACAAUAUCAACCUGAACAUCAUUCUGUUCGCACUGACGAGUUAAAACAAGAAGCAAGGAUUUUAAAAAUGGACGAAAUUGAAGACGCGCGCCGAAAGCGGCACAGGGAAGUGAAGGCAUUUCGUGCCAUUGUGGAAAUUUAUUUUUUUAUUGUAUUCAUCUCACUCUUUAUGAUCGUUUGCUACGGGAAUAGAGACUCCUUGAGGUAUAGUGUCACAAAAUCUGCGGAAGAUCUUUUCAAAGGCUUUGCAAAGGUAAGUCGACAUAAGUUUGGUGCACGCAAAAGAAACUAUCAAGCUUGUAAUACAAGGAGGUAAAUUAGGUUUUGUCUAAGCUUUGCUUGGACAUUAUCUACUCUUUAAAGGUUAUGGAAAACUUUUGACGCUAUUGUAGAUAUAUAAAAACAUUCCUGCUUAAUUUUGUUCGGGAUUGACUAGGCUUUCAAAAUGCCGUGUAUGAACGCCAUUUAGGGCAGCUUCUAAUUUCGUAACCCAGCCGCAAUUUAGGAACUUUAUUUUUCACGGUUUCUAAUAAUACUCAGAAUCUAUUUUUGUAGGUUAAUAACAAGUCUUCUUUGUGGAACUGGGUGAGGAGUACAUUUGUCCGCGGACUGUUUGACACCCGUUGGUACAAUGGUGAACUGUUCGACUAUGAGGAGGGUUUCAUUGCCAACAGAGAAAAUUUUCUGGUCGGAAUGCCAAGACUUAGACAAGUGCGUAUACUCCCAGGUACGUCUACAGGUCGUAUGCGAUACGUUUCUUAGCUUUUAGCACAAUUCAAGACAUACCCAUCCCAUAGGGUGCUCAGUAGAGCAAAAUUUUGAAGAGCGCAUUAUGUAAGUCGACCUCUCCACGAGCAGAGACAACAGCCGGUCUCAAAUCACGACAUGGUCGUCUUGUACCUUCCUUUACAGUCUACAGAUAUGUUAUUUAUAUCGCAAUCUGUUUUCCAAUUAAGGCGACUCUAAUGCACUUAUCUUUUAGUAUUCAUCAAAAUGCAUUGUAACCUUCUUCGUCGUCUUAAUAAUAUCCGAGGAAAAUGAAGUAAGCAAGAUGUACGACUGAUUUUAAGUACAAGCUUUCUGUCCGGUGAACGGCCUAAAGGAAUAUUCAUUUAUGUAAGUUGCCACGCAAAGGAAAUUAUAAAGACUAUAGAAAAAUACAGCCCAUACAUUUUUACCUUCACAGAAAUGUAUUGUGACGUAUACAACCAAGUAGAAGGACUAGUUUUUCCACGAUGCUUGCCCUUGUAUGACACUCAUGAAGAAGAUACUACACCAUAUUACAAACCUGGGUGGAUACCAGUCAGCAACUUUUCUGGGUUUGCAAGCAGUGACGAUGAAAUAAAUCUGUUGUGUCCAAAACCGUGGCAAUAUAUAACUGCGGAUUUACUAGGUACUGUUCCAUUCAAAGGUAAAAUGGCUACGUACGGAGGUGGUGGGUACGUAGCAAAUCUAGGUUACAACUCUGAAUCAGCUCUUGCUGUGAUUAAUAGCCUGGAAGAGAACAGAUGGAUAGAUGACAAAACAGCAGCUGUUUUUAUUGAAUUCACCGUGUUUGAUCCUUCGACGUCCUUAUUUGGAGUUGCGAAAUACGUUUACGAAAGAUUACUCACAGGAGGCGUUCUUACAAGCAGUAACGUGAAAGCGAUUACUGUAUAUUUACCUCAUAGCUCCAACAGUUUCAGGUUGUUUUAUCUUCUAUCUCAAGCACUACUUAUGCUGAUCAUCGUUGGUUUCGCAAUUAUGGAGAUGGUAAAAGCAUUUCGCGGGGGUCACUCGUAUUUCAGGCAAUUUUGGAGCUGGGCUGAUAUGUUGCUAUUAUUUGUCUCGGCCGCUGGGAUAGGAAUAAUGUUUUAUAAGGAGAAGUUCAUGCGAGAUUACGUGACCAACGUUCGCGAAAAUCCGUAUGACAACUGGAGCACAGAUCAUAUUGUACUAUGGUCCGAAAUUGAAGAUUAUCUUCUUUCAGUAGUGAUGUUUUUAGCGACAAUAAAAUCUCUGCGACUUAUUCGUUUUAAUCAUCACAUUUAUCAAAUGAGAUUUACUCUUAGAAGCUCACUGACUCCAAUUUGCUCUUUCAUGGCGAUAUUUCUUGUCGUUGUCGUAUCAUUUGCCUCAUUUGGUCUGCUGUCUUUCGGAUCUUCGAUUGAUAACUACUCUUCUCUACCCUUAGCAGUUGGAUCACUGCUUCAGAUGCUCAUUGGCGGUAGGUUUUCAUAUUAUCAACUCAAGUUCGCAGCCGACGGUUUUUUGGGUCCUCUAUUUCUUUUUCUGUAUCUGAUGACUUCAAUGGCUGUGGUGCUCAAUACAUUUGUGGCAAUUUUGAACGAGUCGUAUUCAACGUCGAGGAUAGAGAAAUCAAAAGAUAUAGAUGACAUUGAUUCCGUUGAAUUGGCUCAGUACUUGAUGUCUUGUAUAAAAUCGUGGAUUGGUUUUUGUCGCAGUUUUUACGAGUUCUUAAAAGAAAGUGUGAAAUGCAGAAGAGUAUUCACUCCUCAAAAGCCUGUUAAUGAAUAUCAUUCAGUACCUUCCUCCAAGACGAGCCAUUUGGCUCCAAGGCUAGCAUCUUUGGAAAGCUUAAAUGAGAUCGAAGAAGGCUUAUCAAAGUUAUCACUUGUGGAUGAUUUGCUAUCUAAUGUGCAAGCACGUUUAAGACGAAUAUCUGAACAGACACUACUUGAGGAAAGUCUCUAUACACUCCAAACGACCAAUGAAGGCAAAACCUCUUCAGAAUAUAAACUUGACUUUGAAAGUGAUUCCGACAGUUUUCUUGAAGUAGUUGGAUAUCCUUCAUCUGCUUCUUCGACGUUAAAUUUUGAUGAUAUUUUUUCAUUUCAUGGUUUGUCGGAAAGUGAUAUAUCAGAAACUCGUUUAUAACUUAUCUUCUUUAGGGAUUCUAUAGCCGA